AAAUCAGCCUGACAGACAGAACAGAGGGCAAAACACCCAGGGAAAAUUUUGGUGAUGUGACGCCCUCUACAGGCCUCUUACCUCAUCUCCUCAGAGAGCUGCUCCUCCUCAGAGUCCCUCCUGAACACUGACCUCAUGACAUCUGUCACCUCUGAUGUCAUCCAGAAUAAACCUGCAGAAACCAGAGAGACCAGAGAGAAUAGGGAGCUGUCAAUCAGACUGACACCGAGGGCAUCAUCUAGCACUGGAGAGGGGCGGAGCUAUAUUGUGUAAUCUGUGUGGAUUGAAGGGAGUGGUGGGAUUAGGACUGCAUUACCCAGCAUGCCCUGUGUGUGUGUGUGUGUGUGUGUGUGUGUGUGUGUGUGUGUGUAUGUAAAAUCCUUAAAGAGGAUUAAUGUGGAUCAGAGAGAGACGACAUGCCGCUGAAAAGAGAAGAUACCGAGCGAGCUCUUCAGGUGAUGGAGGCCUGUCAGGCCGGAGCUGCUGAAGGGGUCAAAGGUCGCGCAGAGAAGCUGCUCAACAUCUUCCAGAGUGACUUAUUCCAGGCUCUGUUGGACAUCCAGGAGUUCUAUGAGCUGACGGUGUGUGAGAACCAGACGACAGCGAGCCGACCGCACACACCUGCACAGAAGUAUCGUUACCAAGAGGAUGAGACUCCGCCUGUCGACCCCAGCCCCGGUCACAUGACCCACGGACGCAGCACCGAGCUUAGCCACGCACACCUGGACGGAUACACACACCCAGCAGCACUCACUAUGAACGGAUCAGAGGGAGAACUGGAGUACGAGGAGAUCACACUGGAGAGGGGGAAUUCUGGUCUGGGCUUCAGUAUCGCAGGAGGAACCGAUAAUCCUCACAUUGGAGACGACCCGUCAAUAUUCAUCACCAAGAUCAUCCCUGGAGGAGCCGCUGCCCAGGACGGACGCCUCAGGGUCAACGACAGCAUCGUUUUCGUGAACGACGUGGACGUGCGCGAGGUCACUCACUCCAUCGCCGUGGAGGCUCUGAAGGAGGCGGGGCCUGUUGUCAGGCUGUACGUCCUACGGCGCCGCUCACCGAGUGAACGAAUGGCACAGAUCAAACUGAUGAAAGGACCCAAAGGUCUCGGCUUCAGUAUUGCGGGCGGUGUCGGGAACCAACACGUUCCUGGAGACAACAGCAUCUACGUCACCAAGAUCAUUGAGGGCGGAGCGGCACACCGCGAUGGACGGCUACAGAUCGGGGACAAAAUACUGGCUGUGAACCAUGUGUCGCUGGAGGACGUCCUGCAUGAAGACGCGGUGGCGGCCCUGAAGAACACAGGGGAGGUGGUCUACCUGAAGGUGGCCACGCCCACCACGCAGUACAUCCACCCCACUGAUCGAUACAGCCCCCCCGACCUGACCAGCUCCUACAUGGAGCCAGACUACAUGUGCGACUACCCACAAGCCCUCCCUCCUCCGUCACCACGGCGAUACUCACCUAUCCCCCGGGGCAUGAUGGGAGAGGACGACUACUCCCGGGAGCCGCGCAGGGUCUGUGUGCAGCGUGGAUCCACCGGCCUGGGCUUCAACAUCGUCGGCGGAGAAGACGGAGAGGGAAUCUUCAUCUCCUUCAUCCUGGCGGGGGGGCCAGCAGACCUGAGCGGAGAGCUCCGGAAGGGGGACCAGAUCCUGAGUGUGAACGGCGUGGACCUCCGGUACGCGACGCACGAGCAGGCGGCGGCAGCUCUGAAGAACGCGGGGCAGACUGUUACCAUAGUAGCACAGUACAGACCCGAGGAGUACAGCCGCUUCGAGGCGAAGAUCCACGACCUGAGGGAGCAGAUGAUGAACAGCUCAUCGGGGAGUCUGAGAACCAACCGCAGCUUCUACAUCAGGGCGUUGUUUGACUAUGACAAGCAGUGGGACGGGGGCGUCCUGUCACAAGCUCUGGACUUCAACUUUGGGGAGGUUCUCCACGUGAUGGACAGCGCCGACGACGAGUGGUGGCAGGCGAGGCGGGUGAGCCAGCAGGGGGAGCUGGAGGAGCUGGGCUACAUCCCGUCCAAACACAGGGUGGAGAGGAAGGAGUGGUCGAGGAUGAAGAGCAAAGGUCGAGAAGGGUUUGUUCACAGCUACGAGCUCAUCACUCAGAUUGAAGUGGACUACGCUCGCCCCAUCAUCAUCCUGGGGCCAACCAAAGACCGGGUCAACGACGACCUGCUGUCCGAUUUCCCCGACAAGUUCGGCUCCUGCGUCCCUCACACGACUCGCCCUCGGAGGGACUACGAGGUCGAUGCGCGGGACUACCACUUUGUGUCAUCACGGGAACAGAUGGAGCGGGACAUCCAGUCACAUCGCUUCAUCGAGGCGGGCCAGUACAAUAACCACCUGUACGGGACGUCGGUGCAGAGCGUCAGACAGGUGGCCGAGCAGGGGAAGCACUGCAUCCUGGACGUGUCCGCGAACGCUGUGAGGAGGCUUCAGGCGGCUCAGCUGCACCCCGUCGCCAUCUUCAUCCGACCGCGCUCCCUGGAGAACAUCCUGGAUCUGAACAAGCGUCUCUCGGAGGAUCAGGCAAGGAAAGCUCUGGACCGAGCCAUCAAGCUAGAACAAGACUUCCUAGAGUGUUUCACAGCCAUUGUGCAUGGCGACAGCUUCGAGGAAGUCUACCACCUGGUCAAAGCCGUCAUCGAGGAGCAGAGCGGCCCCUACAUCUGGGUCCCCGGCCGCGACCGACUCUGAUUGGCCACUGCCAUGGAAGCCGCCACCCUGCAGCACCUCCUCAGCAGCGUUGCCUGGGGAGCAGACGUUGGUCUUUUUACCAUUUUUGUUUUCUUUCUACGGGACGGCGACGAGCGAGCUCAGUGAUUGGAUUGCUGCUGCAGCCGCGGCAAAUGAGAGAGAGAGAGAGAGAGAGAGGGGGCGUGUCCAGAUGUCUGUGUGUCCGCGGAGAAGAUGGCGACAGACGAUUGAUCGAUUGGUUAUGUGUUGGUUCAAUAAUCCUGUCUUAUCAGUAAAUGUUGAAUCAGACUGUAGAGUUCAGUUGGUAUUGAAGUAUUUAUAUUAUCCUAUUUAUUUAUUUAUCUAUUUAUUGAUUGAUUGAUUGAUUGAUCAUGUGAUGUGAACAUGGUGAGUGUGUGCGUGUGUGUUGUGUACAUAAAGACUUGUGUGACUGUAAAUAAAACGAUGGGGCUCAAACACACAGUCUAUUCAGGGCUUAUCAAACAACCACUGGACUACAACAUCCACAAUCCCUCUCUGCCUGGACCUCAUCUCCCUGAUCCCCCCUAUCUGGACUACAACACCCAUAACCCCCCUCUGUUGCUGUGGACAGAUUAGACAGUUUAUCUGCAUAGUAACAGCACGUAGGUUAAGCUGAAAGUUGAACAUUUUCAAAAGGCUGUGAACUACAUUUCCCACAGUUCCCAGCUGCAGUGACGCCUACAAAUAUCUACAGCACAGAAGGACUACAUUACCCACAAGUCCUAGCUAAAUAUGUCCAUAUUCCCACAAUGACCAUGGGUCUAUGCUGCCAUGAUUCUGGACUAAAGUACCCAUGAUUCCCUGCUGCUGAAGAGGCAGUGGGCGUCGGGGACUUGCUGGGGAUGGAGCCAAAGCCUCAGUCUCAGAAAACAAACCUGGGCAUGGUCACCUGUGGCUCCGCCCACUCCCGUGGCCCCAACAUAAGACUCUAUUGCUCACAGCGCUUUGGGAGAUAACUGUGACCAUGGCAACUGGGACUGAUAUCCAACCUGAUCCUGAACUGGUUCUGAUGGGUUCCACUGAAGGUCGGGGGUCAUGUGACUAAUUAUAAUAAUUAUUAUAAUAAAAAUGAUCAUAACUAUUGAUGAUGUAACAUCAUCACUCACUCUCUCACACACAAACACACACACGCUGAUACAAACACUCACACAUUCACACAGACGACUCGUUUGUUGUUAAAUGAAAUUAGUUAUUGAUGAAAAUCAACCAUUGAAAUAAAAUAAAUUCCAUAUAAAAAAGUUGAAGACUGAAAUCUGUGUGAUGACAGGGUGAGAGGUCAGAGGGUGAGAUCGAUGUUUUUCUCACUCUCGAAUAAAUUUCACCGAUUAAACCAGA